AUGACAUCACAAUUCACCAAAUUGUUCUCGUUCAUUUUGGCAAAUGUUCAUGAUCCGGCGGCCACUGAUUCCGCUGAUAUUUCAGGUGAGCGAAGUACUUGGGGAUUUUUUUCGAACCACGAUGGGUUAGAUUCAAAUCUUGUCCGAUUUUUCACAAAAAAAAUCUCACAUUGUUCGACUUCUCACAGUCGAAGCGUUGUUUUUUAAUCGGAUUCUAUUCUCAAGAUUUUCGAAAUGGACUACUAUAGCCAUAUUUUGACGUAGACUUGAACCAUCAAAAGAAAACAAACCGAUUUUUCAAAAUUUUGAGAAUUAGACCUCUCGCAUUUUUUAUUACUUUUUUGAUUCCUAAUGUUUCGAAUCUGACUUGUUUUUUUCACUCGAAAUAAAACUGAUUCGAACAUUCUGAAAAUCAGGUUUGUAGCAUUUUUUCCCCGAGCAAAAAAACUGCAAGUGGACACUUCUAAAUUAUUUAUUUAUUAUCAAUGUGUAUUUAUUUCUCGCUUCUCUUAGACAUUUUUCUCGAAGAGGCGAGAGAAGAUUGAAUGUUGAUUGACAUGAAAAAAUUGUGUUUCUGAAAUUUUUUGCAUAGACAAUUUUACGUUUCAAAAAUUGGUAAUUUUUAAAAUGUGUUUUUGUGACCUGUUGCUACGGUUAUCUUGAUGGGAAACUUGAAGAUACGGUAUUUUUAUUUAGAGUUGUACUGUAGAUAUCUUUGAAAUUCACAAAGUUCCGUGAGAAAAUUUACUUGUGUGAAAUAUUCUGACUCAUUUUUUGCAAGAUUUUUUCAAUUUCCGCUUAUUCUCAUUCUCAUAGAGCAAAUUUUUUGUCUGCAAAUUAAAUCCAAUCCUUUAAGUGACUACUGUAGAUCGCAAUAUUCUCGAGACUUAACUUUGCUCCACAGUAACCUGGUACAAGAAAAUUUUUUGUUGCAAAUGUGCAAACAAUUCGAAUUGGGAAUAAUUACUAUAGAUCCCAAAAAUGGUAUGUUCCUUCAAGAGUCUACAGUAUCCUAGUUAUUUUUGUAUAUAAUCUGUAUAAACAACAGUAACUUGAAAAUCUUAUUUGAAAUUUGUCAGACUGUACACUUUCCAGAAUUUUUCUCGUAUGCGCCUUUAAAUAUGUAUUACACAGUACCUCUUAUUUCUCUGAAAAUCGAGGAACUUUUUUCUCCUCUCAAAAAUAGCCAUAUUGUUUCGUCAAACAAAAAAAGAGGAGUUUGGAACGAACGAACAGAGCAAAAAGUAUAUAAUUCAAUUACAAAGUUUUUGCUUCCCAUUUUAUUUUUCUUGAAGCUUUGAGGAGAACAAGUUCAGGGAUAAUUCUUGUACAGACCAAGUACAGACCUUAGGCCUUGAAAUCAGCCUGAAACUUGAACUCAACUAGCCACGUGAAAUAGUUUUUAGGCUGUGUCACGUGGCAUUGUUUUUUUUGAAACCUCAUAGAUUGGCUCCAUCGAAUAUUCGGAAAAUCUAGUUUAACGAUUCAAAAUUUACUAUUUUUCUCUGGAGCAAAAAAUAUGUGCUCCAAGUGCUCUGCUCCCAGUUCAAAAAAAGUUCAGGGAUAGGAUUCUUCUUCGUAAUUUUUCAUGUAAACGUAGAAAAACGUCGGAGAAAAACUCUAAAAUGUCCCUUGAGGAAUCAUUUCUCCUCGUAGUUUUCGUGUCCAAAUAAAGGAAACAUUUAUUUUACACCUUACUCUCUUCUCUUCCUUCUUUCUUAUUUUUCUCUUUUUUCUGAGCAAGAUGAAAUUGAGAAUUGAAUCAAAUAAAAAAAUAGAUAACAACUUUUUUCUGGCCAAUUUGGAAAAUUGAAAAUUCGAGGGGAAACUGAAAAACAGGUGCAAAAAUGUCAUCAAUUUUAUUGCGAAUGGGAUGCGAUGCGAGCAAAAAAAAAAAGGAUGAGAAAAAGAAAAAAACAGGAAAUGAACCACUUUCGAAAAAUUGUGGAGGAAAUUAUCUACGGCCGGGGGAUUUACGGGAAGUCUGGAAAUACAUAACUAUGACGUGUGUUGUUUAGGGAUCCUAAUUUUGCCACGAUUUUGGGUUGAAUUUUUGAAUUUUAGACAAGCUUGAAGAAAAUACAAAAAAUAUAUGUUAAAUUUGGAGAUCUGAAAAUGAAUUAUGACGUGGAUUUUUUUGAAACAUAAACAACUUCAUAGGGAUUGAGAUUUAAGGAUUUUCAUUUGAAUCUUUGUCACAUCAUAGACCUUCAUCUAGAAAACAUCAUAGAAAUAUGAAAAAAACACAUUUUUUUAAUUCACUGAAUCUUUUCAGUUAGUUUCGAUUCGAUUUUCUCACCAUAUUUUUCCAGAAAAAUUGAAAUUUCGCCACGUCAAAACUAUUUUUAUGAAUCUGAAAAUAUGAAUCUGAAUCUACGCAAAAUUAUGAUUCAGGCGUUCUUCUCAUUUUUAUAUCAAUAAAAAAUUGAGCAGGAAGUUGAACAAACUUUGCAGCACAUAUACUUCAGUGAACUUUUGAUAUUUUAAGGAUCUCAGAAUUUACUGGAUUUUUUACAGUUAAACACGCAGAAAAAUCCAGAAAUCUAGAGAGUUAGAGGCAGAACACCAGAGUAUUCGAAUAUUUAAGUUUUUAGAUGCUCAGGCAUAGAUACAAAAGCAAGAAUCUGUAAGAUCCAAACUGACAGUUCUCAAAUUUGGUCAGAGACGUAGAGAAUGAAUAUAAUGUUAGAUUCAGACAUCCAGAGUCUUUCCAGGUAGUUAGAGACGCAGAUAACCAUUCUUUUCUUUUGAUCUUGAAAAAAAAAACUCAUCCACUUCAACCUUUUUUGGUCACACUUCUGACCUCAUUUAACCUACUCUGCCUGAAAAACUUUUAUUUUUUUAUUAAAAUUUUCUGCUGUUCAAAAAUCCCCUUUUUCCAAAUAUUCUCAUAUUUAAUGGAUUUUCCGGUUCGAAUUAAUUUUGAAAUCGUUCGGAAGAAUAUUUAUUUUUAGUUCAUGAAAAGUUUUAAUGAAAAAAAUAUUUAUUUUCAAGUUUUUUUUUCAUAUCCCAAUUUUUUUUUUGCUGAAAUGAAAAAAAUGUUCAUUUUCAGCUCACAAAUUACUAUUUUCAUCUUUUUAUAUUAAAGAAAAAAAUAUAUGUAUAAAUAAUAAUCCCCUUUUCUCAAAAAAAUCUGAAAAUAAUCUCUCCUAUCUGAAAAUCGCAAAUUCCAUCAAUCAUGUGUUUUUUCUCGAAAAAAUAAAAUGAGAACAUGUUAUAAAUAUUUUGACAACACAGAAAAAUGAGUUCUUUUUUGUUUUUUUUUUGUUGUCAUUAUUAUUACACCUUUUGGAAAAAAUAAAAAGAAAAUUGCUUGAGGAACAGAGGUUUUUUGUUUGUUUUUACUACUGAAAAAGAAGUGGAGACGAAGGUUUUACGAAAUUUUUCUGGGAGGUUUUGAGAUAUUCUUUUUGAGUUGUGAAUAGAAGCUUGAAAAAUUUAUCUAAAACUUUUUUUUAAACAAUUUGAUUUUUGCUAACUUUAGUUUCGGAAACUAUUUUUGCGCUGAAAUGCAGUGUUCGUAAAAAAUUAUUGCAGAAGUUCAAAAAAUUUAAAUUUUUUAAUGAUCAAUUUUGAUCCAUAAGUUUUGAAUUUUUCUAAGUUUUGAGAACAGAACUGAAUUUCAGUUGCCAGAGAACAGCAUUUUCCCCAGCCAAAUUUUUUUCCGAACUUCACAAUUCGCUCCACAAAAUUCCACUCAGUUGUCUCCUCAUCCCGCUUAAUCCCAAAAAAAGUUGCUAGUUUUUUUUUCAUCCAUAAAUUUCCAUAAUUAGCGUUUUUCAGAUUUCGCUCAAACUUUUUCAUUUUUCUCAUUUUUUCUCAUUUUUUCUCUCAAAAAAUCCGGAAGUUCCUCAACUUCCUUUUUGAUCUAUUUCACUUUGAAAAAAAUGAAAAAAAAAUUGUUCGAUUUUUUUCGCGGAGCUUUAGCUUUGGCUCAAUUCAUUUUAUUUUCUUCUUUUUCUUCUAAUAAAUUUGCCGUUUCCCGCGUCGAUUUAUCUUACCGGAAAUUUCGAACAAUCAACUCGCUUCUUCUAUUUUUUGACUUGACUUGGUGUAUUUUAUUUUAUUCUGUUUUAUUUAUUCUAUGUCAUUUUAUACACCAAAAAAGAUGCACCAAAGCAAAACAUCAAAAAAAGUAGAAGGAGGAGGAGCAUUUUUGGAAGAAAAAAAGAAGAUGUUGGUUGAAGCCUAUUCAACACACACCACAAAAACUAGUUUAUUUUUAUCGUUUUCUUGAUUUUUCUCCCGCCUCGCUUCCGAAUCUUGACAAAAACAUGAACUUUUAUUUUUUUUGGAGAUUUUUGGGAAGCUUGUGGAUUUUGAGAUCUUCAAGUUCAUUUAGAAUCAAGAGUUUUACAAUCUUUUGAAAACUAACUUUCGAAGUAUCUUGAAUUCACUGAAUUGGAUGAAAUUAGUAGAAAUCUUCAGAAUUACCUUGAGUUGAAAAAUUUUUAUUUGAAAAUUUUUGAACUUUCGGAGAAAGCUUGAGAAAAAAUGCCCCGGGAAAUCUAGAAUUUUCUGUGUGGAUUUCCAAGUUAAAAAAAAAUUGCAUUAGAAAAAUCUCACUGUUUCAAAAUAUUUUUCUAAUAUUUUCCGAGUUGAAUUCCGUCUAGUAUCCAAAUAUUAAGUUCUAAAAGAGGAAACUCAAAAUAUUUGAGAAUAUUCAAAUUAGAAAUUCAGAUAAUUUCAAACCUGAAUAUCAAUUUCUCAAAAUUUUCAAAAUCCCUGAAGCUCCAAAAAAAAGUUCGGAAAAGUGUGCAAACUUCUUUCCUGACCUCGAAAAAAUUUGAUUUGGAACUUCGUUUUUUUUCACUUCAAAAUCCCCAAGGACACCCCAAACUUUUUAAAAAAUUUACUCAACUUUUUCUCGAAUCUUGUUUUUUCUCUGAUUUAUCCUAACUCUCGUCAUCUCCAGAUUCCAUUUACACCGAAAAAAAAAAUUCAAAAAAAAAAAGUCAGCAAUUUUUAAAUGGUGGAUGGCGGCUGAUGUUUUGCAAAUAGUUUCAUAUUUGCUUGCAAAUGUUUCGGAUUAUAAUACGGGUUAGUUUUUGGAGUCAAAAAAACAAAAAAGAAGAAGACUACACUACUUUUUGUCUUUUGGAUAAUUUGAUUGAAAAAGAAAGUGAUGUGGAAAUUUAAAAUUCAAUUUUUUUGCUAGUGCAAAAAAUUGAAUUGAACUUUCAACGUUGCUUUUUAGAUAGACAAGGAAAAAGUUUUGAAACGUUGGAGAAAAAGGGAACGACGCUCCAGGUUUACGUGUAAUGAAAUCAUAUUAUAGAGAACACGGCUCUGUCGUUACACUGUCUUCGAUUUUACACAAAGCUUAAAAUUUCCAAAUGUUCAACAAUACUACGCAAUCACUCAGAGUUGAUUGUACUUUUCAAAAAUAGUUGUUUCCUUCGAUUUUUCCAACAAUACUCCACCUUUACACCUUUCUUUAUUUAAAAACUCGAGAAUGUCUCAGAAAAAAUCUAUGUUUCUUCAUUUCUUCUUUUUUUCCUUUUCCUCUUCCAACAAAAAAAACUAUUUUUUGAAUGACAUUUGUUGGUUUUUCUGUUAGAGCCUGAGCCAAGCUAAAAAUCGAGAAACAUGUUCGAAUUCUUCAGGGAAUUUAAUCAAGAAGUCGCCUCGUAGAAAUAAAAAUAAAACUAUUACACAAAUGUCACUCAGUCCCAAGCCAAAUUUGCUCGUUUUUUUUUCUGUUGCCGCCGGAAAAAAAACGCAAAUUUUUCUCGUGAGCUAAAAACAAAAAGGGAACUUUUUUGUUCUGUUUCAAAAAAAACCAAUUUUUAUGAUGACAAUUUCUUGUGUCGUGUCAAGAGGAAUUGGACCCUAGGGAAAGAAAUUUUUUGGUAAAAGACCACUGGAUUUUCGAACAUUUUUAGAUUUAGAAAAAAUCUAGAAUUUCGAAAAAUUCCUCAUUAUCUCCGGGAAGAUUUAUGGGAAAAUGGAAAUUAGCCGGAAAUUUAUAUAUCUUUGAGUCAUCUUCUUCUUUUUUUCGAGAAGAGCUGGGGAAAUUUGAAAGUGCAAAAAAAGUGAGCAAAUUCCGAAUUUUCACAUCACACAUUCCAAUAAAAUUGAAAUGACCAUAAAAAAUUCGAUUCGAGAGAUGAAAAUCUAUUUAAUUUGUAUGCAAAAGUGCGAAAAAUUGGAGAAAAUGGCAGUUACGGGGAGCAUUUGGGGAUCUAUGUACAGUAGUCCAAGGGUACUGUAGAGAAUGAGAGUACUGUGUUGAUAUUUAAAAAUAUACAGCAAUAUUACUGUAGCUUUAGAAUUUUUGAAAGAAUAAAGUUACUGUAAUUCGAGAGUAUAAAGUAAAGUGUUCGAAAUAUUGUUGAAAUUUAUGAAAGUUAUGGAUUACUGUAGUUUAAAUAUUUUUUAACAAAAUCUUUCCGUAACUUUUUUUUUUAAUUUUCAAGCCUAAAAAUUUGCUAAAAACUUGAAAUUUUAAAUUUUUCUUCAUUUUCAAAAUUUUAAAGAAUUUUCACAAAUAUUCCCCAAAAUUCAUACCUUCCCAAAUCCACUGACAUCAAAUUUUUGCAGCUCUCCGAUUACCAUGCUACAGUUGUAUGAGUCCGUAUCUCGAAGAUCAUUAUCCAUACAUAUCACAUUUAUACCGAAAACCACUUUCAUUUGAUACACAUUGCGAUAAACAUAGGUAAGUUCGAAAAUUUUUUGUUUUAUCUGAAAAACUUAUUUGAAAAUUUCCAUAAAUUUUGAUUUUUUCCAGCCUAGAUCAAAGUUACUUGUAUUCGAAAAAUUGCUCCGAUAUGUGUGUCACUCUUAGAAUCAAUGAUGUUGUUGGAGGUAAGGAUUGGGCAUAUUUUAGUAUUUUGAAGGGAAAAGGGAGCUCUGUAGUUCGAGUUACUGUAACUUCGAACAAUUCUAAACAGGACUUCAAUUUUUGAACAAAAAUUUCGAAUUUUUCUAGAUUUUAAUCAAUAUUUGCAUGAAAAGUUAUAGGUUUUUUCAAAUUUCAAAAUUCACUUUUUGAAAAAAAUUCAAACUUUCGUGAAAACCUAUCCACUUUUGCAAAUUACAAGAACUUUUGACUUUGAAAGUCUCGCAUUUCUAUUUAGCUACUGUAGAUUUUUUGAAAAAUGAUUUUUUUCAAUGAGAAAUUUUCAAAAUUUAAUGAAAAAUUCUCAUAUUUUGCUUUUAAUUUGAAAAACAUAGUUUGAAGGAUUGUUUCAGUUUUACCAAAAAUCUCCCAAUUUUUUAAAUUUUCAGUCUCUUAAAAAAAAACUUUCAACAAAAAAAUGCUCACUUUUCAAAAUAUCCUCGAAAACCUCUCCAAAUGUUAAUCCUCAGAGAAACAAGCUGGAGAACCGGCGGAGAAAACGACAUGUCGGCGAACUCUCGGACAACCGGCGGAGUGUCUCACCUACACUAUUUCGCCAAAACUUUUGUCCACCGGUUGUCCGAAAGUUCGCCGACAGGUCGUUUUCUCCGCCGGUUCUCCAGCCCAUUUCUCUGAGUCUUGUCAAUUUCAGGCCGGCGGCGACACGGAUAUGUUCGCGGUUGUUUGUCCGAUCUCAAUGGUUACAAUCAUUCGCUGAUAAAACAAUUGGCUGAAAGACCGGGAUGUUUGGGUGAGUUGGAAUUCUGAAAAAAAAACUCGAAUUUUAAUCUGAAAAUAUACUUUCCAAAAAUAAAAUCCCACCGUUUUUUUUUGUUGCAGAAACCAGUCUCAAAGAUCUAUUUCUUCCAACCAGCCAACGUGGCGAACUCGAACCAUCUCGUCUUUCGAUUUGUGUUUGUCAUAACAAUCUUUGUAAUUCAUCCGUGUCGCCGCCAAUUUCACCGAUUCUCCUCAUUUUUCCCAUCUUCUUUCUUUUCCUAUUCACCUUCAACUUUUCCUAG